AUGGCCGACCUCUUCACUUUGUUCUUCAAGGACAAAGAUGGCGGCGACGACGAUGACGGCGACUACGCGAGAUGGACCGGCACCAGCGAUCCGCGCGCAACCACCAUUCAAAUCCUCAUCUCUCUGGCACUAGGUAUCGGUGCUUUCCUGGCCUUUUGCGUCCUACGACCGAGAUGGACAGGCUUAUACGCUGCGAGGAAGAAGCAGAAGGAUGAGGCGACGGCGUUACCAGAGCUGCCGAAUACACUCUUUGGCUGGAUAGUCCCGCUAUGGAAGAUCACGGAUCAGCAAUUACUGGCCUCUGCUGGGCUCGAUGCAUACGCCUUCCUAGCGUUCUUCAAGCUGGCGAUGAAUUUCCUGUUCCUCACGCUGCUUUUCUCCCUCGUCGUAAUCAAGCCGGUCCACGACGCUUUUCCUGAUGAUGGGGGAGAUGACAAGGGCGGCAAGGAUCACAAGAAGCAUGGCGACGAUGUGGAUAUGUUCUACAGGGCAGGCCUGAAGAGAGGCAUGGAUGCGUUCAGCUCAAACUCGACUGGGAAUCACACAGGACCUCCAUUCCUUGGCGACUUCGAGACCGAUUACUUGUGGAUGUACAUUGUCUUCGCGUACCUAUUCUCCGCGAUUGCUAUAUAUUUGAUCAUUUCAGAAACAAGGAGGAUCAUCGAGGUUCGACAGGAGUUUCUAGGAACACAGACGACAGUGACCGAUCGGACGAUCAGGCUUUCAGGGAUACCAAAUCACCUGCAAGACGAAGAGAAAGUGAGGGAGUUUAUUGAGAGUCUAGACAUUGGCAAAGUGGAGAGCGUGGUGCUAUGCAGGAACUGGAAAGAGCUAGACAAUGCCAUGAACUGGCGAAUGGACACCUUGCGGCGGCUAGAAGAGGCAUAUACGAUUCACCUGGGAUACCGCCGAGUGGAGCGCAAUUACGAGACUUUGCCAAUCUCACAGCCAUCGCCGCCGGAGCCUCACGGGUACGGGACGCCUGUCGUGGAUGAAGAUGAGACGGCUGCUUUGGUGGGUGCUAAUGGCGACCACGUACGACCAUACUCAAAGGCUAGACCACAGGCCACAUUACGAUACGGCUUCAUGAAGCUCCGCUCGAGGAGGGUUGAUGCGAUCGAUUACUACGAGGAGAAGCUUCGUCAAGCAGAUGAACAGGUCAAGCAACUGCGAAAGAAGGACUACGCGCCCACUCCACUUGCAUUUGUGACCAUGGACUCAGUAGCGGCAUGUCAGAUGGCAAUUCAGGCGGUCUUGGAUCCGUCACCAUUACAGCUUAUCGCCAAUCAGUCCCCGGAACCAGUUGAUGUGAUCUGGCGAAACACUUAUCUGUCCAGGAGAGGCCGAAUGCUUCGCUCCUGGUCCAUCACUGUGCUCAUAAUAUUGCUUACGAUCUUUUGGAGUGCAAUCUUCGCACCCAUUGCUGUUCUCCUCAACGUGGAGACGAUCAGCAAAGUGCUUCCAGGGCUCGCAGAGAUUAUGGCGGACCACAAAAACAUCAAGUCUCUCAUCGACACGCAGCUUCCCACCGCUGCCACAUCGCUAAUGUUGGUCCUCAUUCCCUACUUCUACUACUGGCUCUCCUGGUGCCAAGGCCAGAUCUCCCGCGGCGACAUCGAACUAUCCGCCAUCUCGAAGAACUUCUUCUUUACGUUCUUCAACUUCUUCGUCCUCUUCACGGUACUGGGUACGGCCUCGAAGUUCUACUCCAUCUUCCAGCACCUCGGUGAUGCGAUCCGCGAUAUACAGAACGUCGCUUACACCCUGGCCAAGUCGUUGCAAAGGUUGUUGCCCUUCUACGUCAACUUCAUCAUCCUACAGGGCGUCGGUCUAUUCCCAUUUCGACUCCUGGAAGUGGGCAGUGUGAGUUUGUACCCUAUCAUGCUCAUUGGAGCAAAGACUCCAAGGGACUACGCCGAGUUGGUACAACCGCCGAUCUUCUCGUAUGGUUUCUACCUGCCAAACGCCUUGCUUAUCUUCAUCAUUUGCAUGGUAUACUCCGUCCUACGAGAGUCGUGGCAGGUCCUUUUGGCUGGGUUCCUCUACUUCGCUCUUGGCCACUUCACCUACAAGUACCAGCUGCUGUAUGCCAUGGAUCACCGUCAGCAGACGUCUGGACGAGCGUGGGGCAUGAUAUGCGAUCGGAUUUUCGUCGGCAUGGUCUUCUUCCAGCUGGCCACUGCCGGCCAACUCAUCCUCCAAGGCGCCGUGGCACGCAGUGUCCUGAUGACUCCGCUGGUCGUCGUCACGAUCUGGAUAUCCGUCAUCUACGGCAAAACUUACAAACCCCUGAUGAAGUUCAUUGCGUUGAGUGCUGUGAAGAGAGGAGAGGCGUAUGCUGACCAUCCGGAAAACGAGCAAGACGGACACCCUGAUCAACCGAUCUCUUACCCAGCGAGUUUGAAUAGCACCAAUCUCGCACCAGAAAGGAAUGUAUGGGCGGACAACAACGAUUCGCUCGUUGCGCAAUCGAGAAGGAAUCGAGAACGGUGGGCAGGGAGAGUAGACCCUGACGCCGAAGGCCUGAGGUUCAUCAACCCAAGCCUCGUCGCCCCCCUGGGCGGCGUCUGGAUUGCGGACAAGGCCUCACGCAGCGGCGGAAUCGGCGACAGAUCCGGCCUCGACGAAGAAGCGAGGGAGGAGCGGAAUAUCGAGGACGAGGAGCCUGACGAGACGGUGUAG